GUGGCAGAGGCGGCACCAGCCAUGUUGGCCGGGCCGAGGUCCUCGCUGAGGCCGGGGGCGGGGCGUGGCCGGCUCUGAUUUCGGUGCCACGGCCUGCUCCUGCUCGGCGGAGGGGACGGAUUCUGUAAGGCGAGGCGACAGGCUCAGAUCUCGCAAGGGAGGCACUUAGAAAUAGGAAUCAAGGUCCACAAUGACAACCUAUUUGGAAUUCAUCCAACAAAAUGAAGAACGAGAUGGAGUCCGAUUUAGUUGGAAUGUUUGGCCAUCAAGUCGACUGGAAGCUACAAGAAUGGUUGUUCCUGUGGCAGCUCUCUUUACACCACUGAAGGAGAGACCUGAUCUACCACCUAUCCAAUAUGAGCCUGUUCUGUGCAGUAGGACCACUUGUCGUGCAGUUUUGAAUCCUUUAUGUCAAGUGGAUUAUCGAGCAAAACUCUGGGCUUGCAACUUUUGUUAUCAAAGGAAUCAGUUUCCACCUACUUAUGCCGGUAUAUCUGAACUCAAUCAACCUGCUGAACUUUUACCUCAGUUUUCUAGCAUCGAAUAUGUAGUUCUGCGUGGUCCUCAGAUGCCUUUGAUAUUUCUCUAUGUGGUUGAUACGUGCAUGGAAGAUGAAGAUUUACAGGCCUUAAAAGAAUCCAUGCAGAUGUCAUUAAGUCUUCUACCACCUACAGCUUUGGUUGGACUUAUUACUUUUGGGAGAAUGGUGCAGGUUCAUGAACUUGGAUGUGAAGGCAUUUCAAAAAGCUAUGUCUUCAGAGGAACAAAAGAUCUCUCUGCAAAACAAUUGCAGGAAAUGCUGGGACUCUCCAAAGUACCGGUUACUCAAGCAACACGUGGUCCUCAGGUACAGCAGCCACCUCCUUCCAAUAGAUUCUUACAGCCAGUACAGAAAAUAGACAUGAAUCUCACAGAUCUUCUUGGAGAACUUCAGCGAGACCCUUGGCCUGUACCACAGGGAAAGAGGCCUUUGCGUUCCUCUGGAGUGGCACUUUCUAUAGCUGUAGGACUGCUGGAGUGUACUUUUCCCAAUACUGGGGCUCGUAUCAUGAUGUUCAUCGGUGGUCCUGCUACUCAGGGGCCUGGAAUGGUGGUUGGAGAUGAAUUGAAGACACCUAUAAGAUCAUGGCAUGACAUUGAAAAAGAUAAUGCCAAAUAUGUUAAAAAGGGAACUAAGCAUUUUGAAGCACUGGCUAAUCGAGCUGCUGCAACUGGCCAUGUUAUUGAUAUCUAUGCAUGUGCGUUAGAUCAGACAGGUCUCAUGGAGAUGAAAUGCUGUCCCAACCUCACUGGAGGGUACAUGGUAAUGGGUGAUUCUUUCAACACUUCCUUAUUCAAGCAGACUUUUCAAAGGGUCUUUACCAAAGAUAUGCAUGGACAGUUUAAAAUGGGCUUUGGUGGUACAUUAGAAAUAAAGACUUCAAGGGAAAUUAAGAUUUCAGGAGCUAUUGGACCCUGUGUGUCUCUCAAUUCUAAAGGACCCUGUGUGUCUGAAAAUGAGAUUGGAACAGGUGGUACUUGUCAAUGGAAGAUAUGUGGACUUAGUCCCACUACAACCCUAGCCAUAUAUUUUGAGGUGGUCAAUCAGCAUAAUGCUCCAAUUCCUCAAGGAGGGCGUGGUGCAAUCCAGUUUGUGACUCAGUAUCAGCAUUCAAGUGGGCAGAGACGCAUCCGAGUGACCACCAUUGCUAGGAACUGGGCAGAUGCUCAAACACAAAUCCAAAACAUCGCUGCAUCUUUUGACCAGGAAGCAGCAGCCAUUCUUAUGGCCCGGCUGGCAGUAUAUAGAGCAGAAACAGAAGAAGGGCCAGAUGUGCUUAGGUGGCUGGACAGACAGCUCAUUCGACUGUGUCAGAAGUUUGGAGAGUAUCAUAAAGAUGAUCCAAGUUCCUUCAGAUUUUCAGAAACUUUCUCCCUUUAUCCACAGUUUAUGUUUCAUUUAAGAAGAUCUCCUUUCUUGCAAGUUUUUAACAAUAGUCCUGAUGAGAGUUCAUAUUAUCGUCACCACUUCAUGCGUCAAGAUCUGACCCAGUCUCUAAUCAUGAUUCAACCUAUUCUGUAUGCAUAUUCUUUUAGUGGACCCCCAGAGCCGGUUCUACUGGACAGCAGCAGCAUUCUUGCAGAUCGUAUUCUGCUCAUGGACACAUUCUUCCAGAUUUUGAUUUAUCACGGUGAGACCAUAGCGCAGUGGCGGAAGUCGGGAUACCAGGACAUGCCAGAAUAUGAAAAUUUCCGCCACCUUCUGCAAGCUCCAGUGGAUGAUGCACAGGAGAUUCUUCACUCCAGGUUUCCAAUGCCGAGAUACAUUGACACUGAACAUGGGGGCAGCCAGGCCCGUUUCCUGCUUUCAAAAGUCAACCCUUCACAGACUCACAAUAAUAUGUAUGCCUGGGGGCAGGAAUCCGGAGCACCUAUUCUCACGGAUGAUGUCAGUUUACAAGUGUUCAUGGAUCACUUGAAGAAACUUGCUGUGUCAAGUGCUGCUUGAAGUGCUAAACAUGUUACGGGUGUUUAAGAAGAUUAAAUAAUCGUCCAAUUUCAUUUUUUCCCUUUUUCAAUAUAUCUGUGGAAACCAACAGGGAUCUCUCUCUAGACUUUAUUUUAUUCUAGUAUGGUUUGAGACAACAUAUUGAAAAACAUUCACGUUUGCAGGUUAAGCUGGAAUAUAAUGAGAGCAAUAAGAACAAAUUUAUUUUGCUUGCCACAGUAUUAUAACCAGUUUUAGAAAUUUGGGGUCUUUAUAACUGAAUUAUGUUUUAAAGUAAAAAUAGAGUCUGCUAAAUAUCUCACUGUAUAUCGCAGACAAACCCAAAGUUGCACUGAAUGUUCAUGGUGACAUUUAAAAAACUUGUUUCUUAACUUUAGUCAGAAAGUAAAGGAAAAAAAAAGUAAUGAUAAAUGUGAACAUUUUUGUUUACUCCUUUUUUUUUUUUUUUGAUUUUCAGCACUACGUAUACGCUUUUUCUGUACUUACUCUGUUAAGGCAGUUUUAUUUUUCUGAUGAUUUGUUUAGGAAUUAUUGGACUUUAUAACGGUAAUUUUCAUGAAGAUAAUUUAAUGUUUUUGGUUAUUAAGAAAAAUAGUUUAAAGAUGAAAAACUUGGGGGUAAUGAUUCCACAACUGACAAUAAAUGUGGAAUUUUUAUAAAGUACCCAACUUAUGUGACUAAACAUGAAAAUUUUCUUAAGGGGACAUAGAAAAUAAAUCAUUUUGUCAGCAUGCAGAGCAAGUGCACAGUGGUGAGUAAGCCUUCAGGUAGAGUGACUAUUGUAACUACUAAACCAAAUUUGGCGUUCGCUUCAUGGUUUGGUUGUUUCCCCUUGUUUUUCUGAGGUAAAUUUUGCAUUGUAUGCUUCAGUAUUUUAACACUACUUUGGGAGUUUACACAUUUUGUUUCUGCUUCCUUUUUGUGAAAUUUAUUAAGUUGGGUUCAUAUUGAAACAGUAUUACAAGGUUGUUUAUGUAACAUGGUGAAGCUCAGUUAUAUUUUGAUUUAUUCAUUUGUAUUAUUCACUUUUGCCAUUUAAAGUUUACUUAUAGCAAAUAUGUUUACAUUGCUAAAGCCAGAUGUGUUUUGACAAUGAAAUUUAUGUAUCAAGUACUGCAGAUAAAAAGGUGGUGCUUUUAUAUGCUUAGAAGGACAGAUUUGAUGAUUGUAUUUGCAUGAACACAAUCAGAUGAUGGCAAAACAUAAACUUAAGAAAAAUGGUUUAUACGUUUUAUUCAAUUAGUUUAAAUAAAUUGCUUCAUUCUGUUUUAUUUGAAUUGGAUUGUGCUAGGCCUAAAUGCCAAUAAAAUAUACUUUCUCUGUU